UUUGUGUUAUUUAUAUCUUGAGGUUGUACCAUUUCUCACAGUCGUUUAUUCCAGUUGCCAAAAUAUACGUUUUCACUGUAUAUAAGGCAUAUAUAAAUUUCGAUUGGAAGUAAUGCUAAUACUUGCAGUGAUACAAUUAGCUUAACAUAUUUGAAGACUGUAUUAGGUCGUAGUUCUGUUCUACAACUAUAAUACAUGUUUAGCAGAGCGUUAUCGAAUGACCUCUUUAUAACCUAUUUAUAACUCUCGUACACGUACAGUAUAUAAAAAUAUUGUCCAAGAUGUCUUCUGUGCUAAAACAUGGAAUGCGAUUGGCCCAGCUCCACGGGAAAGUUGCUCUGAUAACUGGUUCCACUAGUGGCAUUGGUAAGGGCAUCGCCGAAGGACUAGCCAAUCGAGGAUGUGAUGUCAUUCUUAAUGGAUUUGGUACUGAAAAUGAAAUCCACUUAUUGAAGACUGAAAUUAAUAAGAAAUACGGAUCAAAAGUGAAUUUUGUUGGAGGUGAUUUGUCGAAGUCAGAAGACAUUAUAAAAUUAUCAGAGGAAAUAUUUAAAUUAUAUCCAUCGGGUCUAGAUAUAUUAAUUAAUAAUGCAGGUAUUCAAUAUGUGUCACCUAUAGAAUCUUUUCCACCAGAGAAAUGGGAUCUACUUAUUAAUCUCAUGUUAACAGCUCCAUUCCAUCUUAUACAGAGAUUUUUACCACCCAUGAAAACAAAAGGUUGGGGUAGAAUUAUCAACAUGUCUUCAGCCCACGGUCAUGUUGCUUCACCUAAUAAAUCAGCUUAUGUUUCUGCUAAACAUGGUUUAAUGGGUUUGACGAAGACGGUAGCAUUAGAAGUAGCAGGAACAGGAGUAACGUGUAAUGCUGUCUGCCCAGGGUAUGUGGAGACGCCAUUAUUUAUUGAUCAAGCUAGAGAUAGAUCGAAACAACAAGGAAUAACAUUUGAAGAAGCAAAGAAACAAAUUGUUCAGGUGCAUGCCACUGGCGAGCCUGUCGGCAUUGAUCAAGUGGGGGAGGCAGUAUGUUUUAUAUGUUCACCUGCAGCAUCACAGAUGACUGGUACUAGUAUUACUAUGGAUGGUGGAUGGACAGCAAGAUGAACAAUUUAUCAUCCCUAUAUGUAACUGUAUGGGAGAGUUAAAGGAGCUAAAUCGCUAACAUUUGGGACCUAGAAAUUGACAAAAGUGGGUCGCAACGCAUAUAAUACUGUAAUAUGAAUGUAUAUAAACUGAUUUACAUUCAAUGGUUUCCGUUUUUACUCCAAUUUCAAAUUAGUUAUGUUCGACGAAAUAAGCCAGCAGUCUCAAUCGAGUGCAAAUUUCUAGCGUCUGGUUAUUCCAGUCUACAUACGUCGUUCGAUUUGUGUGCAAUGUGUCUAGCCUCAUCCCUCGAGUCUCUUUUUACAACUGGGGCUGAAGCGCAUUAUGGUACACGAUUCGUGUACCAAUGGUAAAAUGUUUAUUUUGUCUUAAAUAUUGGAUAUCAAAAACCCAUCUUAUUCCGGUAAGAUCACAAAAUUCAAUGUUGAUUUAAUUUGACAAAUAAAUCGUGUUUUCAAUGUUGAAGAUUUUGGAUGAUAUUGAGUUAGAGACUUAGCUACUUUAAAUUCAUCCGAAGAACACUUAAGUAUGACUAGUGGAAAUAGUGUGUGUGUGUGGGGGGCAUGUAUGUUUGUUGUAAUGUUGUGAUAAUAACUGUAUGCGUUUUUAAGCAAUAAACUUUAUUUUCUA